AUGAGCAAGCGUGCCAGCGGGCACCAUAACCACCAGAAUGAAGACAAUUGGAGGUCCAUCCUCUCCAGCGCUUUGGACGAGACCUGGUGCCCCAGUUUGCAGGAAGCUAUCGAAAAGCUGCCGCUGGAUGAGCUGGACAGGCACCUGGUGUUUGAGCAGCUUCACCACUUCCGCGCCAAGCUCUUGCUCCCAGUGCUGAAAAAGGGCUCCGCUGAGUUGAGGGCAUACCACGACGAUCACCCAGACUUCCUGGCAGCGAUCCACAGUUUCACGCUGGACCAGCCUUGCCUCUUCGAGCUGGUGAGCCAGCAGUACCUCAACAACCCGAGUGCUCGACAAGCAGACGGAGAGGUUUCUGAUGGCUUGUCCAAGGUCUUGCCCUAUGUCAAGCUGCUCCUGAAGGCCCUGAGGAGUCUUCCGGAGGAGUUCCAUUACAAGGGCCAGGUAUUCCGCUUCCUGCCAGAGCGCCACGACAAUCUGGCGAAGCGCUUCAACCCUGGGCGGUUCUUUUUCAGGUACGCUUUCAACUGCACGCGCAGCCGUGAAGCGGCAAGUCGUGCUGCAGCCAAUAUCAUCACUGCCGGGGGCACUGUUUGGCAGAUAAAUACUGCUGGGGAUGCCUACAACAUCUCCUUUUGCGCAGCCUCACCACUGGAAGAAGAUGUCUUGCUUCCGCCCCUGACUUGCUUAGAGGUGGUGUCCUGCCAUUUGGCGACGGAGACAGAUCCUGACAUCAUCAUCUUUGAGCAAGUGGGGAUGCCUGUGGGCUGCCCCGUGGAAGGCUGUGACCAGAUCUUGCGCCUCCAGGACGUGCCGGGGCACGUGUCGCAGCACUUCCCCAGCUACUGGAGCUUUUUGCCAGGGGACGACCAGCUCCUCAUACAGGGCUUUGUGCCUGAGCGGGAGCUGCGGGUGCUGGCGUCCCUGCUGAAGACACCAGCUCAAGUCCGCGGUCUGGAAAUGACGGGCACAGAUCUGUCAGAUACGGGCGCAGCCAUCUUAGCAGAGGCGGUGAAGCACAACCAGCAGCUGCUGCAGUUGUCGCUUCGAGCGAAUCUCAUUGCCAAGCGCGGGGCCGUGGCUCUCGCCGACGUGCUGAAAGGCUGUGCGCUGCAGCAGCUGGACCUCAGUGGUAAUGAAAUUGGGGAGCGAGGUGUGGAGGCGCUCUCAGAGGCCUUGCGGGCCAACCCGAGCCUUCAAGCCCUGGACCUCAGCAACAACCGGCUUGGCCCUCCGGGCAUUAUCUGCCUUGCCGAUGCCCUGCGCCGCAACCGGAACACCACUCUGCGGCGGCUCAUGCUGGGGAACAACAACAUCGGCCCGGAGGGCUCGCAGAUAUUAGCAGCCGUGCUGAAGAAGAACUCCACUCUGAUUGAGCUGGCGCUGGACUUGAACAGCAUCGGCGACAAAGGUGCGGAGGCCUUUGGGGAGGCGUUGAAUAGCAACCACUCGCUGACCUUCCUUGACUUCAGCAACAACGGCAUCAAGGGUCCAGGUACAGCCGCUCUGUCCAAGGGCCUGAAGCACAACAGCACCCUGCGCCAGCUGAAGCUUGAGCUGAACCCUAUGGCUGCAGGUGGCGCCAGCUCCCUGGCGGAUGGCCUGAAGCAGCAUCCCACCUUGACACUUCUGGACCUGCGCUUGGCAGACCUUGGGGACGAGGGCGUGGGGCAGCUGAUGGAGGCGGUGAAGAGCAGCCAGGUGCUUCAGCAUUUGGACAUGAGCUAUAACCAGAUCCAGAACCGAGGCGCUCUAGCCUUGGCGGACGCCAUGCGCAGCAGCCGAUUGCAGGACAUCAUCCUCCGCACCAACCAAGUAGGUGAUGCAGGUGUCACGGCCUUGGCCGAGGUGUUGCAGAAGCACAAGACUUUGCUGCACCUGGCGCUGGACAACAACCAGAUCACACAGCUGGGUGCCACCGCCCUGGCGCGGGCCCUGCACAAGAACCGGUCCCUGCAGUUCCUGGCGCUGGACCUGAACUGCAUCAGGGACGAAGGUGCAGCACAGCUGGCCCAAGCCUUAAAGCAGAACCGCAGCCUGCUGACUCUGCGGGUCAGCUCCAAUGAGAUCGGCGAGGAAGGUGCCACAGCGCUUGCCGAUGCGCUGCGACAAAACCACACGCUGCAGAAUCUUGCUGUGAGCUCCAACAACAUCGGGCAGCACGGCGCCACAGCCCUGGCCAGCGCGCUGCGGGAGAACCGCAUCCUGUCGUCGCUGGACGUGAGGCUGAAUGGCAUCGGCAACCUCGGGGUGACUUCCCUGGCGGAUGCUUUGCGGCAGAACCAGACGCUGCAGCACUUAGCAGUUGGCAACAACCAGAUCCAGCGGCAGGGCGCAGAGGCCCUGGCGGAGGCUCUCAAGGAGAAUCGAUCCCUGCAGCACCUGGACGUUCGCUUCAACGACAUCGGAGAUCUGGGUGCUGCAGCUCUCACAGAUGCUCUUAAGGACAAUCAGACGCUGCGACAUCUGGGUGUUGCUUCCAGUGAGGUGGGCCAGUUUGGCAAGGCAUCUCUGGCGGACAUGAUGCAAAAGCGGAUGCUGGCGCGGCACCACUGCAUGAGCUUGGGCAGCCACCCAGUGAAACGAAAGCCGCCGCCUCCUGCCUGCGAAAUUCAGUGA